GCGGGCGAGCUAGAAACAGUCCCCAAGCCAUGGUCCCUACCAGCCGCGGCUCAGCCUGGGUCCCUCUGCUCCCGACCCGAGUGCCCAAAGCAGGCUUUGGUUUCAUGUCAGCAGCCUUCAUCUGCCUUCCAAAAAUAAGCCCCUGCCGCCAUGCUGAGGGGAGAAAAACAAGAAGGGCGGUAUUUUUAGGGCCAUUAAUUCUGACCACGUGCCUGAGAGGCAAGGUGGAUGGCCCUGGGACAGAGGCUGUUCAUCACUAUGUCCCGGGGAGCAGGACGCCUUCAGGGCACGCUGUGGGCUCUCGUCUUCCUAGGCGUCCUAGUGGGCAUGGUGGUGCCCUUGCCUGCAGGUACCCACGCCAACGGCACACUGCUGGACUCCAGGGGCUGGGGCACUCUGCUGUCAAGGUCUCGAGCCGGGCUAGCUGGAGAGAUUGCCGGGGUGAAUUGGGAGAGUGGCUAUUUGGUGGGGAUCAAGCGGCAGAGGAGGCUCUACUGCAACGUGGGCAUCGGCUUUCACCUCCAGGUGCCCCCCGACGGCCGGAUCAGCGGGACCCACGAGGAGAACCCCUACAGCCUGCUGGAGAUUUCCACAGUGGAGCGGGGUGUGGUGAGUCUCUUUGGAGUGAAAAGUGCCCUCUUCGUUGCCAUGAACAGUAAAGGCAGAUUAUACACAACGCCCAGCUUCCAAGAGGAAUGCAAGUUCAGAGAAACCCUCCUGCCCAACAAUUACAAUGCCUAUGAGUCAGACCUGUACAGAGGGACCUACAUCGCACUGAGCAAAUAUGGACGGGUAAAGCGGGGCAGCAAGGUGUCCCCAAUCAUGACUGUCACUCACUUCCUUCCCAGGAUAUAAGGACCCUGAAAGGAGGCUUGCAGAUUGAAAACAACAUCUUUUGUAUUGGAAUUUUGCACAAAUGAACAAUUCCCCUUACCGCCACCCCCUCCCCACCAUGACUCCUGAGUUGGGCUUCUCCUGUGCUUGGGGAGAAGGCACACCGGACCCUAUGGUAUGUAACCAAUCCAAGUGAACGGUUGCAACCACUAUCCUAGAAUGGCAAUGGAUACUUGCUCUGACCUCAACUGAGGAAAGAAGGUACAUGUGGCAUAUGACCAUGUGCACAGGGAAAUGCCAGGGUGGCAGUGUGUGUGUGUGUUGAGGUAUAUCCAUACAUCUUUGUGUAGGUGGUCUGAGCAAAGGCAUUGCAGAGCAUCGGGUUUCUCUCUCCCAGUAUCAUGGCAGCAGGAAUCUGCCUGCAAGAAAGUCACUUGUCAAUCCAGCUGGAUUGAUAUGUACUCCUGUUCUGCCUCUUUCCAAUCAUCUUUCCAUCCAGAGGCCACUUGAGUGCAUGCAUGGGAUGCACAGGCAGUGGGGAGCAGCUGUCCUCUAAGCAUAGAGGGCAGAGUGGAAGGGAGUACGGUUUAUCUGCAAACCAGAAAGUGGGCAGGCUCCAAACUUCCUGCCUGUGAGAGCUCUGGGGACACUGGGCUGCCCUGACAGGGGAGCUGGGAGAGAAGGGAUCCUCUUCUUGAAGAAAUGGGGUAGAGCAGUGCCUCAGGCAGUUGGGGAAGGCCUGCUGGAAGCAGCGGAAGGGACUGGAUGUUCUAUGAAGUGCCAUUCUGCCUGGAGGAUUCAGUGCCGCCUGUGGCUCCAAGAACAAGCUGGGGCCUGGCUCCCUGCCCAUAACUCUUCCUCCUUUUGAACUAGGUCUUAUUUUAACCUCAGAUGACAAGGAUCCUAAUAAUGGCAACUUCUUUGGCGAGAGGUGAGGGGGUGCAAAGUAGGGCAUGAAGGAAGUAGAGAGGCUUUGGACUGCAGAUGAUAAUUCCUCUCCAGCUACGUCCGGGAAACUCACCCAAGUCCUCAUCUGAUACUCUCACUUCCUUCUUGGUCGUCCUCAUCUUGCAUACACACUGGUGCCUGGAUGCAGUAGAAUGGGCACCAUGACCUCCAGAGUUUGCCCCCUCUGGCCCCCCUACAGUAAGAGAAGAGUGAUAAUCCCGUGAAAUCAAGCAGCCAAGCUAUAACAGCUCCUUGCUCUACAAUGCCUUCUUGCCUCCUGUCCUUUGAGAGUAUUUAAAGCAGAGGUUCCCCCAAGUGACUAUAAAUGUUGUCUGCCUGGAGCCUUCAGAUUCCUGAACCAUUGGAAUGUUCCUAAAUCUGAAACCAGAGAGAGCCAUAUCAGAGUGCAAAUAUUUUCGGCAUUAUACGUGAACCAUCGUGUUACAAAAUGACCUGACACCCUCUGCUACUCUCAGGGGCCCCUGCCUGCAAGACAGCCCCUCAUCUGCUGCAAAUACCUUCAUCUUCGACAUACCUCUCUAUUUGCAGAUGAGGCCAUCUAUAGAUAGACCUGAGCUGAGCGACUGUGAACUGGACAUGGAAGUUGGCCACCCAACGGAGACAUCAUACUGGCUAUCUCUCUGUCCAGCACACAUCAGGAAGGACGUAUGCUGGAUGAGGAGGAAAAGGCCACACCAAGGUGAGCAAAGAUUCAACAGGCAAUAAGAGCUCAGGAGCAUGACUGGACAUGACCAAGCCUUGGAAGAAACUGGAAGGAGCUGGGGUCUUUGUUCAAGUGGAAGGGGGAAAAAGUUGGUCCAUCUUGACCAUUUGGAAUAUUUGAAGUGCAGCUCUGCUUGGAGGCAGAGGACAAAGCUGAUUAUCUUGUCUAGAGUAAUUUACUGAUCUCUUUGACAGGGUAUAUGAGAAACUGACUCACUCAGAACCUGAGGCAUGCAUCUAUCCGAUAGAAUGUGCCGGGAGUGCAGGCAGGCUGGGAGGAUGGACAGACAGUGAUCUGGUGGAGAGAAAAGUUUUAGGUCCCAAAGCUCUAGUUCCUUUCUUCCUAAAUCUCUAAGCCAGCUUGGCACGGGAGGGGAUACAUUUCUAAAGAGAGUCUCAAGGACUCAGAUUCCUGCAUCUCUCUAGAGGCUCAUAAAAGUGCUCAAACACUGACAAGGAGCUCCCCCAAAUGUUCACUCCUAGCUUUCAUGCAAAGAGUGAGAAGGAGAAGCAAUGACAUGCCUAGGACCAGGAAGGCUUGCUAUGCAGUCACUAUGCAGCAGCACCAGCACACCCAUUGCCUAUGCCUGGAAUCGGUUCCUAGCAGCAGGGCAUCUAUUCUAACUGGUACCAGGGCCUAUGCUGUAUCAUUUGCUGAAACUUCUGAACAUAUUCCUGGAUGUGGUGAUGCAUUGUUGACUCUUUAAAUGCCUCCCGUCCAGAGGAGUGCUCUCCCAAGAGCUUUCUCUUUACCUGUAAGUGGCUUAGGCUUACGACAAGUCUCUCUCCAUCCACAGAAGUGGGUUAAGGGGCAGGAACGGAGGAGGAUCAGCAAAGGGCUGUUCAGUUCCUUCUCUCCUGCUCCUGUGUUUGUGCACAGGUGUGCAGAAUUGUCUCCUGUCUGAUCACCAUGUCUACUGAGUCCAGGACUGAGCUCUCAGCCCUGUUGGAUCCAAAAGGCUGCAGCAGACUUUGCAUGGGCAGGGAACACAAGGAUCCUCACGUUCCUGCUGCCAUGUACUACGAAUGACUUGGGUCCUCUCUCCCCCACAUCCUGAGCUAUGAUCCUGGUUUAUAGAGUUUUGUAGUCAUUGGCUUCCCUCCUACCCUAGACCUUCUCUGGCAGCUCCAUGCAAACUUGGGGUGCCAAAUGCUGCCUUGUUCCUUCAAGAGCAAACGAUAACAAUGAGAGCAAGAUAUAAUCACAUACUUGGAGGUGAACUCCUCAGCUGGGGAGAGGUGAGCUCAGAAACCAGACGGGAGCUCCAGACCUCCUGUAGAAUCUGCACUCUCCUCAAGACAAUGCGUGGACCUCAGAGGAAACCAGAAAACCUCAACUAUCUCAUUGAAGCUAUUGAUUAUGUUCCCUCCCUCAUUUGCUGCCUUCUAACAUCCCUUCCCUUCAUACUUGCCAUGCAUUUUCGAACCUCCUUUGGAAGGUAUAUAAUAUUGUAAUUAAUACCCCACCACUAUCCUUCACAGCCUCCCCCCUCUGCCACCAGGUCCCAACAUGUCUAGCACACAUGCUCCAAGCCCCUGGCCAGGGCCAUUCUAUGGCCCAGGAAAGAGAAUAUUUCUCCUGUUCUCUGAUCCAGGCUACAAACCUCUCUCCUUUUUAGACAUAAUAGGAUUUUCCCAGGCCAGAAACCCAGGCCUGAAAUUCUCUCCUGACCUAGUCCUAUACUGAGAAGCUUGGAAUUCUUCUCAUAAUGGUGCUGGGCCCCUUUCUCGUCCUAGAUGUCAGAGCCUCCAAGUUAUCAUUCUGUAGAGUCCUAAGAGAGAAGAAUGUAUAAAAGUCCACAUGCUGUAGUUCUCCUUCCUCCCAGCAUUGUAGGUCCACUGCCCUUGCCCAUUUUGUGCCAUGGUCACUGGUGCAAACAUAUCUAUGAAAAGCGGUCACUGGCCCCUAAGACACAGGGAUAUUCUCUCUCCUGUCUAUCCCCUUCUGCUGCUUUUCACAUGUACAGAAGCUAGAAAGCUCCUAUAACUUUCUGUCCCCAAAGGCUCUGGGUCAAAUGUCACUGAGGAGAGAUUCUCUGUGGCUUGCCACUUUCCUGUCUAGGAAGUGGGUCUCUCAAAUCUGCACCCCCUCUCCACUUGGCCAGGAAUGUCCACUCGUUCUGCUACCUCCCAGAAUGCUUGGGACAGACCAGAAGAGUAGGUAUAGUUCUGUGCUUCCAUCUGAGUUGAUGCUUCCUCUUCCCAGAAUGGGAGGAGGGAGUGAUUAUACCCAAAACAGAUCCUGAAUCUAGUCCAUCAUGCCAAGAGCCAACACAGAACCAUGUUUGUAUACCUCAUUGAACUACUGAAAUUCCAGCACUCAGACAGCUGUGUCCUCAUGUGGUUUCCACUUUCUAUAAAUCAGUAAGUACCUCAGGCUGGGUCCCAGUACAGAGCUGUCCCCAAGUUUGGGUCAAGUAAGUAGAAAAACUCAGAAUUUGUUCAGUCAUGUGCUUGUAAAAUGUGAUGCUUUUAUUUUUUAAUAUGUAUGUGCUAUGCACAAACCAUAUCAUGUUCCAGCAAAAAGUAAAAGGUCUUUUUAUACGUUCCUCUAAACUGUUUGACUCCACCCCUCCUAUUAAAACUCACACCCUCAAUCUUUGAGUUGUGGUUGAUUUUCACCUUGAUUCUUUCUCAACUGUCAAGGAGGAAAGCAAAGGGAAACAAAGCAUCAAUC